GCCUGCAAGUGUCCUGAGCUGCUCAGAGCUGGGUCGGCACAGCCCGGGGCAAACAAGGCGGCUGCGAGGAUUCAAAGGUUCUGCCGGAGAUUCGGUGUGGGGGGUACUCCAGCUGGAGCCUGUUGCCACUGUGUUUUAAAAGCAUGCGAGGUCUGUAUGGCUUGGGCAUGAGAAUCUUGCGGAUGUCAGAGCGUCCGAGUAAAUGACAUCUAUUUGGGAACUGAACUGGGGGUAAGCAGAACAGAGGGAAAAGAAAGGCAGCUGAGUAAGAAAUUCUUAGAGGACGUCUGCCUUGCAGCUGUGAAAUUCUUUAUUUUUCUUUUUCUUUCCAAGGCGAAAUAUUAAAAGCUCACACACGGUUUUGAUGACAACAAAUUAGAGGGGAUUCUGCAGUGAGAGAGUCGAGAGCUUAGUCAUUUUACUUAAAGAGAGCAGACAGGCAGCCUUAUUGUGAGGUUAGGCGGCAGACGAAUUUCAUCACAACAGCUCCUUCUGAAGUCAUGAUGGGAGCCCACACCAAUCCUGUCCUGCAAAGCAGAGAUCAUUCAUUGUCUUCGUACUUCAGCAUUUGAAACCGGCGAUCCUGAGGUUCGGAGAAGAAGUUGGCUUGUGCACGGUUUCCAGUCCCCUCUGCCCAGGUCUCUGUCGGACACGAAUCAGACCCAGACGGUAGCAGUGUGUUAACGUGACCACACAUGAAUAUGUGCCUAAGAAAGAAGAAAAAGCAGUAUUCAUCCCUAAAGGACAGCAUGGAAAAGCAACGCGAAGUUUUCCAUUUCCCUCCUAACACUUCUCUAACAAGGAUAACAAGAAACUGUCUUUUGACUCCUGUUUGUCCACAUUCCAUAGUCCUUUCUGUGAGGAUGCAUUAAUUCACACCCAAGGCAGUUGGAUUUCACCAGGACAAUAUUUGCCAUCAUUUAGCAUUAGCGAAUGGACUGGUUAUUUUAGUGUGCCGGCUAGUAGGAGCUUCAUGGAUGGACUCAUACCUACAGUGCCCUGUGAUGUUUCUUUCUUCAAAUCCUGGAAGGGCUUUUGUUUUUGCCAUUUGUGUUUUCUUGGGGGGGGUGAUUUUGGGGAGGGGAUUCAUUACUCGUGGCAAUAAUUGUCCAUGAUCGAUGCUCAAGCCGGAGAGUUGGGAUUCAUCUGUGAAAAUCACCUCAUGCCACAUAGGAGACGAGGAAAAUAUUAAUGACGGAAGGUCUGCGAACAUGAUGCAUGUGAACACCUUCCCCUUCAGAAGGCAUUCCUGGAUAUGUUUCGAUGUGGACAAUGGCACAUCAUCGGGACGGAGUCCCUUGGAUCCCAUGACCAGCCCAGGGUCUGGGCUAAUCCUCCAAGCAAAUUUUGUCCACAGUCAACGCCGGGAGUCCUUCCUGUACCGAUCUGACAGCGAUUAUGACCUCUCUCCGAAGUCUAUGUCCAGGAACUCCUCAAUUGCCAGCGAUAUACAUGGAGAUGACUUGAUUGUGACCCCAUUUGCUCAGGUCCUGGCCAGCCUGAGAACUGUAAGGAACAACUUUGCUGCAUUAACUAAUUUGCAAGAUCGAGCACCCAGCAAGCGAUCACCCAUGUGUAACCAACCAUCCAUCAACAAAGCCACCAUCACAGAGGAGGCCUACCAGAAACUGGCCAGCGAGACCCUGGAGGAACUGGACUGGUGUCUGGACCAGCUAGAGACCCUGCAGACCAGGCACUCCGUCAGUGAGAUGGCCUCCAACAAGUUUAAGAGGAUGCUGAACCGGGAGCUGACGCACCUCUCUGAAAUGAGCCGGUCUGGAAACCAGGUGUCGGAGUACAUCUCGAACACGUUCUUAGAUAAGCAACAUGAAGUGGAAAUCCCCUCUCCAACUCAGAAGGAAAAGGAGAAAAAGAAAAGGCCGAUGUCUCAGAUCAGCGGGGUCAAGAAGCUGAUGCAUAGCUCCAGCCUGACUAAUUCCUGUAUCCCAAGGUUUGGGGUGAAAACAGAGCAGGAGGAUGUCCUGGCCAAGGAACUAGAGGAUGUGAACAAAUGGGGUCUCCAUGUUUUCAGAAUAGCAGAGCUUUCUGGGAAUCGGCCUCUGACUGUUAUCAUGCACACCAUUUUUCAGGAACGGGAUUUAUUAAAAACAUUUAAAAUUCCAGUAGACACUCUAAUCACGUAUCUCAUGACUCUGGAAGACCAUUACCACGCUGACGUGGCGUAUCACAACAACAUCCAUGCCGCAGACGUGGUCCAGUCCACUCACGUGCUACUGUCCACACCUGCUUUGGAGGCUGUGUUCACAGACUUGGAGAUUCUCGCAGCCAUUUUCGCCAGUGCAAUACAUGAUGUGGAUCAUCCUGGUGUGUCAAACCAAUUUCUGAUCAAUACAAACUCGGAACUGGCCCUGAUGUACAACGACUCCUCCGUCUUAGAGAACCAUCAUUUGGCUGUGGGGUUUAAGUUGCUCCAGGAGGAAAACUGUGACAUUUUCCAGAAUCUGACCAAAAAGCAAAGACAAUCUUUAAGGAAAAUGGUCAUUGACAUUGUACUUGCGACAGACAUGUCAAAGCACAUGAAUCUGUUGGCUGAUCUGAAGACGAUGGUGGAAACUAAGAAGGUGACAAGCUCUGGGGUCCUUCUCCUUGAUAACUAUUCGGACAGGAUCCAGGUCCUUCAGAAUAUGGUGCACUGCGCAGACCUGAGCAACCCCACCAAGCCUCUGCAGCUGUACCGCCAGUGGACAGACCGGAUAAUGGAGGAGUUCUUCCGCCAGGGGGACCGGGAGCGGGAGCGUGGUAUGGAGAUAAGUCCCAUGUGUGACAAGCACAACGCCUCUGUGGAAAAAUCACAGGUGGGCUUCAUCGACUAUAUCGUUCAUCCGCUCUGGGAGACGUGGGCAGACCUCGUACAUCCCGAUGCCCAGGACAUUUUGGACACUUUGGAGGACAAUCGCGAGUGGUACCAGAGCACAAUCCCUCAGAGCCCCUCCCCUGCACCCGACGACCAAGAGGAGGGCCGGCAGGGCCAAACGGAAAAAUUCCAGUUUGAACUAACCUUGGAGGAAGAUGUCGAGUCGGACACCGAAAAGGACAGUGGGAGUCAAGUGGAGGAAGACACGAGCUGCAGCGACUCCAAGACUCUGUGUACGCAGGACUCGGAGUCCACCGAAAUCCCCCUGGACGAGCAGGUGGAAGAGGAGGCUGUGGCGGAAGGAGAGGAAAGCCAGCCGGAAACUUGCGCGGUAGAUGAUUGUUGUCCUGACACGUAACAGUGUAAAGACUGUCAUGCUUUUUUUUUGUUUUUUUUGUUUUUUUUGUUUUUUUUAAGUAGAAAAAAAAAUUGUUUUCCAAAGUGCAUGUCACAUGCCACAACCACGGUCACACCUCACUGUCAUCUGCCAGGACGUUUGUUGAACAAAACUGACCUUGAACUACUCAGUCUGGCGCUCAGGAAUAUUGUAACCAGUUCUUUCACCUCCACGUCAUCGGAGCAAGGUGGGGGGAGGUCUUCACGAACAUGAUUCCGACAUGGUCUCAGCUCGGGAAAGCUGACAAAGCAGAUAAAAUCAACUCCAGCUGUUUUUUUCCAAGGGAGCGUGGCUCACUGGGCUGCCCGGAAGUUGAUUGGAUUGCAGGGUUCCUUUGGCUGCAGGGUUCCUUUCUGGCUUGUCUGCAGAAAUGUUAAGAAGAAGGCAUUUGCGUUUGGUGGACGGAGUGAACUCCCUGAUGAAGCGAUGAAAACGUCACGAACCGGACACAGCUUGGAUCUGUUCACAGGAGCAGGAUGGAGCCACAGAAAUUGCAUACUUUUCUAAUUUCAAGUCUUCCUGAUACAUGACUGAAGAGUGUGGUUCAGCGAGCCACACUCACUUCUACAUUUUGUAUGAUAUGUAAAACAGAUUUUUUGUAGAGCUUACUUUUAUUAUUAAAUGUAUUGAGGUAUUAUAUUUAAAGAAAAAAAACAAACUCUGUUCAGAACUUCAUCUGCCACUGUUUUGUUUUGUUUUGUUUUUCCCCCUAAGGAGUAACUUGCAAGUUUUCAGUACAGAUCAUUGCUUACACUGGAUAAAUCUCAUUUAUGAAUUUUACUCGCACCUUAGAGUUCAUAGCAGUUAACUGAUUUGUAGUGAUUCAUUGUUUUAUAUACUGGUGACUUCCAUACUUUAAAACAGAAACAAAUUUCUGUUGCCGGAAACCCUUUUUGUAAGUGUCGGUUGACUCCACUUUGAUUUCACUCCUCCCCCAGCCAGGAGAAUUGCUCUCCUUCAUUGCUUCCUUGACUGUGUUCGAAGUGAGAAUUUACUCUGUACUGCUUUGAUGUGCAUUCUGUCCAAUGUGUCUUAAGCCUCAUAGAUGCUCAGGCAUCAGCUGGUGGUGUCUGAGGUAAAUACCCUAUAGCUAAAACAGUCUUUUUCAGGCAUUUUCCUACCUACUGCCUUCUGAUGACUUUUUUUUUCUGUCCUGUGUCCUUGUAGCCACUCACACAUUUCAUGAUUAUUUUCUUGUUCACAUCCAGUUAGAGGAAGAAAAACAUUGACCCUUCGUGCUGCUUUAUUUAAUGUGUGUUCCAGCCUUUGCCCAUAUUCACUAGGUGGGGUCUUAUCAAGUGUGUCAUUACCAUUCUGACUGGGGAAAAAAAAAGAAAUAGAUUGUCAGGUUAGGGUUGAUGCUCAUUUCUACCAUAUGGUUCUGUGUCAUUACCAGCUUUUGCUCUGAGGUUGCAGAGGAAAACCAUGCUAGGUGCUGUGUAGGCACUUCUUAAGAAUGUUAGCUGACUCUGUCAGCAAAUACCAGGACAACCACUGUUUGAACUGCCCGUGGAAGUAAGACCUCCAUGAGGAAGAGCUGGGGAAAGUGAUUCUAAGAGCAGCAGCUGCUCUCCCUUAACAGAUAGCCCAGUAACACGUACAAGUUGCUGUGGAUUAGUAUUGCUCUGUAAGCUUGUCCAGUAGGAAGGACUGCUUCAGACACUCUGAAGGGGAGCUGAUGGUGCCCCUGGCACCAGGACGGUAGUUAUGGGAUGGAAUCUAAAACAUUGGAUUGUAUGAGUCUGCCUCAGUACAACAUCAAGAGAGAACUGUGGAUUCCAGCACUAAACACUCUCUUGAUUUUAUAGAUUAAUCCCCAGUGUUAAUUUGCUGACGGCAGCACGUGUUUAGUCUGGGCCUUAGUUGUACUUGGUGUAGUGUCUGGAGUUCAUAUUAUUAUUAUUAUUAUUAUUAUUAUUAUUAUUAUUAUUAUCAGCACCCAAAUGGGGACUAAAGGGAAGGAGGUAUAUUGAAAAUGAAACAUUUAAGAGAAACUGUAAGUCUGAAAAAAAAAAUACAGGUAUAAAACUUCUCAAAGACGUUGGGGCCUAGUAACUGAGAAAGUAAGUCAUAAGCUAGGGAGAUCAGUCAAGUUGCACUUAAACCCUUCUUCAAUCUCUUGAAUCCAAAUGACGCUCUGAGUCUUUGAUACAGAUGUGUUUUUGGUCUUUGACAUAGGUCAGGGUAAGAAUCAAAUAGCUGGAGUGCCAGCCUCCUUUCCUUGUAAAGAGUAAAUGGAGCCUAAUCUGCCUUUGUGUGACCAGAGGUUUCACAAAACAUUGGGGCACCUGUUUUUCAUUUUAUGUAUCCCCGAAGGAGGGCCAGAAGGAAAGGCAGAGAGUCUAGAGUGUAUUCCCUUUUCCAAAUUGUCCUCACUUCCUUCUCUCCCUGCACAUGGCAUUUCCCUGACAGAGUGCCUGUAGUCUUCAUCAUCAUCAUCAUCAUCAUCAUCAUCAUCAUCAUAAAAUUAAAGCAGCAAUAUGUCAUAAACAGAUCCUAACCUGCAAGGGUUCACAACGGCACCAAUGGAGCUUCUGUUUUCCAGCGUGUUGGUUUUUAAUGACACUGUGCUGUAAUGAUAUCCACUGAUGGACAAUCCAGCUGUGAGGAACACAUACUAUCCAAGAGUUAGGGACUAAUGGACUAGACCUACCAAGCCAUCCGCUUCCCACCCCACCCCCUCACCGGGCCCCUGCCCCUGCCCACUGUCUCGCCAAAGUGUGCUUCACAAUACACACUGAACUAAAAUGAACGUCUUCAUACAAGUGGCUUCACAUUUCACAAACUGCCAUAAGAAAAUGCAAUAUCUGGGUACUGUAUGGGGAAAACAUAGUCCAAGGUUGCACAAAACCAGUACAUUUCAGCUUGCAAGUUACCGAACACAGUAAUGCUUUCGUUUUCAUUCACAUCGGUUAAAAGUCCCAGGUAAACAGUGUAGGUAGAACAAAUUGCAGAUAAGGAAAGAAAAAAAAAAAAAAACUUGAAUGAAACAGAUCUUACAGAAAGCUUUAUGAUAAUUUUUAAUGCAUUAUUUAUUUUUUUUUGUGCCAUGCAUUUUUCUCACCAAAUGACCUUACCUGUAAUACAGUCUUGUUUGUCUGUUUACAACUGUGUAUUUAUUGCGAUGUACAUACUGUAAUGUUAAUUGUAAAUUAUCAGUUCUUAUUAAAACAUCGUCCCGCGACGGGAUGGUGUUGACAUAUUUGGAAAACUCUUGGUGAGAGAAUGAAUGGUGUGUAUACAUACUCCUUGUACAUUUUUUUCUUUUCUUCUGUAAUAUAGUCUUGUCAUCAUAGAGCUUGUUUAUGGAAGAUUCAAGAAAAAUAUAAAAUACAUAAAGAUAUAUAAAUUUAAAUAACAUAGCUGCAGGUCUUUGGUCCCAGGGCUGGGCCUUAACUGUAACCAAUAUUUUCUUCUGUUUUGCUGCAUUUCAAAGUUAGGCGAGGCUCGGGCUGGGCGUUUCAUAUCCAUGCUCCUCACUGAUUGGAUUUCUGGCCAUAGCUGGAUUUGACAAAACUGUUGAUCACUGAUGGAGAACCAUCUGACCCUUUUGAGAAAAAAGCUCUUAGGUCGUUGAUGCCAUGGAGCAAGAUGGUCAGGUGGUCAGCCUGUUCACCAGCUGAGUCCUGGGAGCUCCUUCACCUGGACAGGUGGGAUUGCUUUUCUUACUCCCAAACAUAUAGGAGGGAAACAUUCUUCUCCAGUGACUGUAGAAUGGCUUUUUUGCUUCCUAGAGCUCAUAGGAAGAUGAAUUUGAUUUGAAACAGGAGACUUCGGUGACUCAUCUUGGUUAGUCCUCUGCUCACCAGCUUCCUGUCAUUCCAAGAAAUUGACACUAUUCUUAAUACAUUUUUUUCCUCCAAGAUCAACCAAAUCUAUAUAUGUAUAAUACAUAGUCUAUAUGUAUAAUACAUAUACAUACAAACACGGAUAGAUAUGCGCAUUUAAGUCAUCUACCUAAACAUAAUUCCAUGAUGAUGCUAAUUCACAUAGCAUAAAGAAUUCACAUCUCUAAAAGUUACAGUAAAACGUAUGCCCGUGUGGAAUUGUGAAGGAUAACCUUGCAAAACAGCUAGUCCUGGAAGCCACGAGCAGUUCCUGGUGGAGUAUGUGGCCACCUCCCAUUGUAGCCCAGCUCUUAGAACGCGUGACAUAGCAAAAAGACAGAUUCUUUUUUUUUUCUAGGGAAAAAAAAGAGCCUCUUUAUUAUUUCAUUUUGUUUUUUGACACAAACUGUAGAUUUUAGCAGCCCUGGCCCAAAGGAAUUUGAUUACUUUUGUUUUAAACAGUACAAACGGGACACUAUACUCAGAAAACACAUCCUUACCGAUUUCAGUUUUUUUAAUCGUUACGUUUCUUUGGGUAUGUUUUCAGAGUGGUAACUUAUGUGUGAGCAUCGCAGAUGCUGAGUCUGUUGGUGGUUUCUUAGCCUCUCUUACAGCCCAUGGGGAUAGUACUGUACAUCAAUACCUUCAUAUAAAACUUUUUAUAUGCAAUGAAAAUAAAAGCAUGGGUUGAUUCUGCCUA